CUCGUAAUCAAAUUGCUCUCUCUCUCUCUCUCUCUCUCUCUCUCUCUCUCUCUCUCUCUCUCUCUUUGCGACUAGGGUUUCUAUCGAUCAUUCUCUACAAAAGUUUGAAAUUUCAUCAUGGGGAAAGAAAAGAUUCAUGUCAACAUUGUGGUAAUCGGCCACGUGGACUCCGGCAAGUCAACCACCACUGGGCAUCUAAUAUAUAAGCUCGGGGGUAUAGACAAGAGGGUGAUCGAAAAGUUCGAGAAAGAAGCUGCGGAGAUGAAUAAGCGUUCAUUCAAAUACGCAUGGGUGCUAGAUAAGCUCAAGGCCGAACGUGAACGUGGGAUCACAAUCGACAUUGCUUUGUGGAAGUUUGAGACUUCCAAGUAUUAUUGUACCGUCAUAGAUGCUCCUGGUCACCGUGAUUUUAUCAAGAAUAUGAUUACCGGGACUUCGCAGGCUGAUUGCGCUGUCCUGAUCAUCGAUUCCACCACUGGAGGGUUUGAAGCUGGUAUUUCUAAAGACGGUCAGACUCGUGAGCAUGCCCUUCUUGCUUUCACCCUUGGUGUGAAACAGAUGAUAUGCUGCUGCAACAAGAUGGACGCCACAACCCCUAAAUACUCCAAGAACAGAUAUGAUGAAAUCAUUAAGGAGGUGUCAUCUUAUCUAAAGAAAGUUGGGUACAAUCCUGACAAGAUCCCUUUCGUACCAAUCUCGGGCUUUGAAGGUGACAACAUGAUUGAACGGUCCACGAAUCUUGAUUGGUACAAAGGCCCGACCCUUCUCGAAGCUCUUGAUGCAAUCACUGAGCCUAAAAGACCAUCGGACAAGCCCCUACGUCUUCCUCUCCAGGAUGUGUACAAGAUUGGAGGAAUUGGGACGGUCCCAGUGGGUCGGGUUGAAACCGGAGUCAUCAAGCCGGGUAUGGUUGUGACUUUUGGGCCAUCCGGUUUGACCACAGAAGUUAAGUCUGUUGAAAUGCACCAUGAGGCUUUACAAGAGGCGGUCCCUGGAGAUAACGUCGGGUUCAAUGUGAAAAAUGUUGCUGUUAAAGACUUGAAACGUGGGUAUGUCGCGUCUAACUCGAAAGAUGAUCCGGCUAAAGGUGCAGCCAGCUUUACUUCACAAGUUAUCAUCAUGAACCACCCGGGUCAGAUUGGCAAUGGCUAUGCUCCAGUUCUUGACUGCCACACUUCACACAUUGCAGUCAAGUUUGCUGAAAUUUUAACCAAGAUAGACAGGCGGUCAGGUAAAGAGCUUGAGAAGGAACCCAAGUUUUUAAAGAAUGGAGACGCGGGGAUGAUUAAAAUGAUUCCCACUAAACCGAUGGUGGUGGAGACGUUUGCUGAGUAUCCACCACUUGGGCGGUUUGCAGUGAGGGACAUGAGGCAGACUGUGGCUGUGGGGGUGAUAAAGAGCGUGGACAAGAAGGAGGCAACUGGAGCCAAGGUGACAAAAGCAGCAGUGAAGAAGGCUGGGAAAUGAACCGUGCGGGUUAGGAAGUUGGUUCGAGUCUAUGUGUUGUCGUGUUUUCGAUUGUUUUGUUUGGUUUUGUUGUUGCCAUUGUCUGAGAACUGGGUGUUGGAUAGGCGGUGGCGAGUCUAAAUUUGUGCUGCAUCUUGGUAGUUUGGGUUAAAUAAGCAGCUAGACAAUUUUUGAGUUUUGUGGUA